GGCCCCUCUCUCUCUCUCUCUCUUUCUUUUUUUUCUUUCGCACUCUCUUCUCUUAUUUUCUCGAGGGCCUUCGUUUUCGCGCUCGAAAUCCCUAACCCUAACGCCACUUUCUCGAGGAAAUUCGCCAGAAAAUGCAGCAUCAGAGGCUGAAACAGCAACAGCAAGCCUUGAUGCAGCAAGCUCUUCUUCAGCAGCAGUCGCUCUACCACCCCGGCCUCUUGGCUCCUCCUCAGAUAGAGCCAAUACCAAGUGGAAAUCUGCCUCCUGGUUUUGAUUCAAGUACAUGCCGCAGUGUGUAUAUCGGGAACAUUCAUACGCAAGUAUCGGAACCACUUCUUCAAGAGGUUUUUGCUAGUACUGGUCCUGUUGAAGGCUGCAAGCUCGUUAGGAAGGAAAAGUCAUCCUAUGGAUUCAUCCACUACUUUGAUCGCAGAUCUGCUGCCUUGGCUAUAUUGUCUCUAAACGGAAGGCAUCUGUUUGGGCAGCCUAUCAAAGUUAAUUGGGCAUAUGCUAGUGGUCAAAGGGAGGACACAUCAGGUCACUUCAACAUUUUUGUUGGUGAUCUCAGCCCUGAGGUUACUGAUGCUACAUUGUUUGCAUGCUUUUCUGUUUUUCCCAGUUGUUCAGAUGCGAGGGUCAUGUGGGAUCAGAAGACUGGGCGUUCAAGAGGGUUUGGAUUUGUUUCUUUCCGCAAUCAACAGGAUGCCCAAAGUGCUAUCAAUGACAUAACCGGAAAGUGGCUUGGGAGUCGACAGAUACGUUGUAACUGGGCAACUAAAGGUGCUGGUUCCAAUGAUGAUAAACAAAGUUCAGAUGCCAAGAGUGUGGUAGAGCUGACCAAUGGUUCAUCAGAAGAUGGUAAAGAGACAGCAACUAAUGAGGCUCCUGACAACAACCCUCAGUAUACAACUGUUUAUGUGGGCAACCUUGCUCCAGAGGUGACACAGCUUGAUCUCCAUCGUCACUUUCAUACUUUUGGUGCUGGGGUAAUUGAGGAAGUUCGGGUUCAACGAGAUAAGGGCUUUGGUUUUGUUAGAUACAAUACUCACGCUGAGGCCGCUCUGGCUAUUCAGAUGGGAAAUACCCAGUCAAUUCUGUGUGGCAAACCAAUCAAGUGCUCAUGGGGUAGCAAGCCAACUCCACCAGGAACAAGUUCAAACCCACUCCCCCCACCUGCAGCUGCACCUCUGCCAGGUCUUUCAGCCACGGACCUCCUAGCCUAUGAGAGGCAACUAGCAAUGAGCAAGAUGGGCCAUGCACUGAUGCACCCUCAGGGGCAGCAUCCUCUUAAGCAGGCAGCAAUGGGAAUGGGGGCCGCUGGAGCAAGCCAGGCAAUAUAUGAUGGCGGCUUCCAGAACGUUGCUGCUGCUCAGCAGCUCAUGUAUUACCAGUAAUAUAAUCAGAGUUAGUUAUUAUCCUAUGUUAAAAAAACUUUUAUUUUCCUGCAUUUGCAGGGUUUAUUCUGAGUUUCUAAACCUCUAGGAAGCUUUCUGAUGUUUUUCCUUUUGUCCAGUGGUGUGAGGCUGUUACCCACCCUUUUAUAUGCUUGCCAUUUGUAUGGAUACGUAUAUGUACUACCUUUUUCUGUUUUCUUUCUGUUCUGUAGCGAUGAUGAGUGCUUAUGUUAUUAGAGGCAGUUUGGCAUUUGGAUACGACA